AUGACUGACACUCAGCUAGGCCAGAACUCUUACCUGGGCGGCUGCGGGGGACCAGAUAUCAAAGAGCACGUGAAGCAGCUUGAGAAGGCCGUGUCGGGGAAGGAGCCACGCUACGUCCUGCGUGCCUUGCGGGCUCUGCCCUCCACGUCCCGCCGACUCAACUCCAACGUGCUCCACAAAGCCAUCAACGGCUUCUUCACCUCCAACAGCACCAUGCGCGACUUCCUCCUCAGCUUCCUGGAGGAGUCCAUGGACACAGAAGCAGAGCUGCAGUUUCGCCCACGGACGGGGAAGGCAGCUUCAGCCCCUCUCUUGCCAGAAGUGGAGACCUACCUCCAGCUGCUUCUUGUAAUCUACCUGAUGAACAGCAAGCGAUACCCAGAGGCCCAGAAAGUGUCCGAUGACCUGAUGCAGAAGAUCAGUUCCCAAAACCGCCGUGCCCUUGACCUGGUGGUGGCUAAGUGUUAUUAUUACCACUCACGCAUCUAUGAGUUCCUGAAUAAACUUGAUGUGGUCAGGAGCUUCCUGCAUGCCCGGCUGCGGACAGCCACGCUGCGCCACGAUGCAGACGGGCAGGCCACCCUCCUGAACCUGCUGCUGAGGAACUACCUUCACUACAACCUCUACGACCAAGCAGAAAAGCUCGUCUCCAAGUCCGUGUUUCCUGAGCAGGCCAACAACAACGAGUGGGCACGGUACCUCUAUUACACAGGGCGCAUCAAGGCCAUUCAGCUGGAGUAUUCAGAGGCGCGGAGGACCAUGACGAAUGCCCUGCGGAAGGCACCACAGCACACAGCUGUUGGCUUCAAACAGACGGUGCACAAGCUGCUCAUCGUGGUGGAACUGCUGCUAGGGGAGAUCCCGGACAGGCUCCAGUUCAGGCAGCCCUCUCUCAAGCGGUCACUCAUGCCCUACUUCCUCCUGACUCAGGCCGUCAGGACUGGGAACCUGGCCAAGUUCAACCAGGUCCUCGAUCAGUUUGGGGACAAGUUCCAGGCCGACGGGACCUACACCCUGAUCAUUCGCUUGAGGCACAACGUCAUCAAGACAGGUGUCCGUAUGAUCAGCCUCUCCUAUUCUCGCAUUUCCCUGGCUGAUAUCGCCCAGAAGCUACAGCUGGACAGUCCGGAGGAUGCAGAGUUCAUCGUUGCCAAGGCCAUCCGGGAUGGCGUGAUCGAGGCCAGCAUUAACCAUGAGAAGGGUUAUGUCCAGUCAAAAGAAAUGAUCGACAUCUACUCAACCCGGGAGCCCCAGCUGGCAUUUCACCAGCGCAUCUCUUUCUGCCUCGACAUCCACAACAUGUCUGUCAAGGCCAUGAGGUUCCCGCCCAAAUCUUACAACAAGGACUUGGAAUCUGCAGAGGAGCGCCGGGAGCGUGAGCAGCAGGACCUGGAGUUUGCAAAGGAGAUGGCAGAAGACGAUGAUGACGGUUUCCCGUGACCCUCUGGCUUGGCCGUACUUUUUUUAUUUGUCCCUAGGGAAGAUGCUGUCUGAGCAGAGCUGCCUCACGCGGCCCCGGUCCCCGAUCUGCCUUUCUUUUAUAAAUACCUGCAUGUCUGUACCGGGGGAGGGGGACACCAGGGUUCCCUGGGCCCACAGCCACAGGCCCUGCUCUCUCGUUGCCCUCACCACCCACGGAGGGAACCCCCUUCCCCAGUAAACAAACGUUCUUUUAA